CAGUUGAUAAUUUUGCUUCGUCGUCGUGAAUGGUCAUUGUUUGACAACUAAUAGAAGCCGCCGAAAAUUAAUAUAGAAAUGAUUAUUAAUACAAGUAAAGUGGGUUUGCUGCGUGCCACUCGUCUACCUUGGAACAUGCAGUACAUUAAAAAGUACACAGCUAUUCAACCAUUUCACACAAGCAUCAAUGUGCUUAACUACGCAGUGACUGCCCCCGCUCCCGCACUUCCUUUACCAAAUAAUGUGGAUGCUGCGGAAACGACACGCUUCUCCCCCCAGCGCUCAAGGGACAUCUCGGACAAUAUCAUGGUCAUAUCGCACUCGCCCAUCUCAAUGAUUGACAUCACUACAGAUAACACAAUGAUGAAUAGUACAUGGCGCGACACUUCAACAGUGCAGGACUUGCAUGUGCAAUCGUAUGAUUGCUUUGGUGCUGUCAGCCUGAAUGCGGUUAUGCAAAGCAAUGUGCCAUCUCCCUUCGGUGGCAUGCACAAGUUCUCGCAUUUGAACAUGCCGGGUGGCCAGUGGUCGCAGGAGUAUAAGUUCACGUCGCAGAAUAUGCACAGCUCUCAUUAUCGAUCAUUGCGCGAAAGCACACGAGCUGAUUGGGUGGCCUACGACCAGAAUGCCACAGUCGGGAUGAACGUCGGCCAAGCCUGCUCACAUACUGCAGGUCGUUUCUACAGCACACAGGCAAGUAGUCCGCCACCAAAGGUUCCACCAACAACAGCGACAUCAGCCAUAGGAACACAGACACCUCAACAGCAGAGUGGCGAGGCAUUAAGCAAAAAGGAUCAAUUGAAAAGAGCUUUUAAAGAUUAUGGUGCUACGAUUGUGGCAUUUCAUGUAGGUAUCUCGCUGAUAUCAUUAGGUGGCUUCUACAUGCUCAUCUCCAGCGGAGUGAACAUGAUGCCCAUGUUGGAAUUCCUUGGCAUUGAGUCCAGUGCAAUAAUAGAGAAAGUGGCUGUCGGCAGUACCUUUGUUACGGCCUAUGCCAUCCACAAAGUAUUUGCUCCACUUCGCAUAAGCAUCACACUUGGCUCAACACCGUUCAUUGUGCGCUUUUUGCGCGCCAGGGGAUUUAUGAAACCAAAAAAAUAACAAAUUUAUUUAGAAAUAUCAAUAUGUAUUUACAACAAAAUAUAUUAAUACCACGCCUAAGUGCAAAAAUAUAACGUUGCUAUGAUAUUACCGUUAUUUUUUUAGAAUACGAACGAAUAAAUAACCAUGCAUUUUUGAAAUGCGAAUCAAAC